UUAUUCAAGAUGGCGGGUUGUGAGCGAAUUGGCAGGGACAGCAUGGAUAAAAGCAUUACCCUCCCACCUGAUGAGAUAUUUCGAAACUUGGAGAAUGCCAAGAGGUUCGCAAUAGAUAUAGGAGGUUCUUUAACAAAGCUUGCCUAUUAUUCUACUGUUCAGCACAAAGUAGCCAAAGUCCGGUCAUUUGACCACUCCGUAAAGGAAACGGAGGACGACCCUCUGUACGAGAUCUCGGUCCAGGAGGAGAUCAUCGCCCGACUCCACUUUAUCAAGUUCGAGAACGCCUACAUCGAGACCUGCCUGGACUUCAUCAAGGACCACCUGGUCAACACGGAAACCAAGGUGAUCAAGGCCACAGGCGGCGGCGCGCACAAGUUCAAGGACCUGAUCGAGAAGAAGCUGAAGCUCAAAGUGGACAAGGAGGACGAGAUGACGUGCCUGAUCAAGGGCUGCAACUUCGUGCUGCGGAACAUCCCGCACGAGGCCUUCGUCUACGUGCGGCACGCCGACUCCGAGUACCGCUUCCAGAACACGCACCCCGACAUCUUCCCCUACCUGCUCGUCAACAUCGGCUCCGGGGUGUCCAUCGUCAAGGUUGAAUCGGAGGACAAAUUUGAACGGAUCGGCGGAAGCUCGAUAGGAGGCGGAACGUUCUGGGGGCUGGGAGCUCUGCUCACCCAAACCAAAAGGUUUGAUGAACUCCUCCAGCUGGCCUCCAGGGGGCAGCACACCAGCGUGGACAUGCUGGUCAAAGACAUCUACGGCGGCUCUUACGCCUCCCUGGGUCUGACGGGGGACCUCAUCGCCAGCAGCUUCGGGAAGUCCGCCACGGCAGACAACGAGUCCUCCAAAGAGGACAUGGCCAAGAGCCUCCUGCACAUGAUCAGCAACGACAUCGGCCAGCUGGCCUGCCUGUACGCGCGGCUGCACAACCUCAGCCGGGUCUACUUCGGGGGGUUCUUCAUCCGCGGACACCCGGUCACCAUGCACACCAUCACCUACAGCAUCAACUUCUUCACCAAGGGAGAAGUGCAGGCUCUCUUCCUCCGGCACGAGGGAUAUCUGGGAGCCAUCGGAGCCUUCCUGAAGGGGGCCGAGGAGGACAACCCUAACCAGUACAGCUGGGGAGAGAACUACGCCGGGAGCUCUGGGCUGAUGAGCGUCUCUCCGGACCUGAACCCCAUGCAGCGCGCGCGCAGCGGAACGUUUGACAUGCUGGAGAUGGACCGUCUGGAGAGGAAGCUGGUGAACCUGCCCCUCCUGCAGGACCCCUCGUCCUACAUCCCCGACACCGUGGACCUGACGGAGGACGCGCUGGCGCGGGAGUACUGGCUCUUCUGCUUCGAGGAGGCGCUGGACGGGGUGGUGAAGCGGGCCGUGGCCAGCCAGCCGGACCUUCCCCAGGCCGUGGAGCGGGCCGAGAAGUUCCGCCAGAAAUACUGCCACAAGCUCCAGACCCUGAGGCAGCAGCCCUUUGCCUACGGGUCCCUCACGGUCAGGAGUCUGUUAGACACCAGGGAGCACUGUCUGAACGAGUUCAACUUUCCUGACCCCUACUCUAAGAUCAAACAGCGGGAGAACGACCAGGCCCUCAAGUACUUCCAGAAGGCGGUGAAGGCCCUGGAGAAGCUGAGCUGGGAGCAGAGGCAGUUCGCCCUGAUCAAGGGGCUCCUGGCGGGCAACGUGUUCGACUGGGGGGCCAAAGCCGUGUCGGAUGUGCUGGAGUCGGACCCAGAAUUCGGGUUUGAAGAAGCCAAACGGCAACUGCAAGAGCGCCCGUGGCUGGUGGAUUGCUUUGACCAGUGGGUGGAAAGACUGAAGGGGCCUCCUCAUACAUGUGCCUUGUUUUUCGUAGAUAAUAGUGGGAUAGACAUCAUUCUGGGGGUCUUCCCAUUUGUUAGAGAGCUCCUCUGCCGGGGUACGGAGGUUGUGCUGGCCAGCAACUCGGGCCCGGCGCUGAACGAUGUCACCAACAGUGAGCUGCAGAUCCUGACGGAGAGGAUCGCUGCCAUGGAUACCGUUAUUCAGACGGCCGUUCGGGACGACAGGUUGACCCUGGUCCAGAGUGGAUCCAGUUCGCCGUGUCUGGAUUUGAGCCGCCUGGACAAGGUGCUGGCCACGGUGGUGCGUGAGCGGCACACAGACCUGGUGGUGAUCGAGGGCAUGGGCCGCGCCAUCCACACCAACUACUACGCCACGCUCACCUGCGAGAGCCUCAAGAUGGCCGUCAUCAAGAACUCCUGGCUGGCCGAGCGGCUCGGCGGGAAGAUCUUCAGCGUGGUCUUCAAGUACGAGCAGCCGCCCAAGAGCCAGGACGGGGCGCAGUGAAGCCCCCCCCCCCCCCCCCCCCCGCCGCCUGUCUCUGCCCCGGGGGGUGUGAGGAGGGCACCCCUUACAUCCGGGUGAUGUGUGGUGGUUUUCUGAUGGGUGUUUUGGACAGGGGAGCACUCGGGGGAGGUGUGAGAGGGAGUUGGUUGAGUUGUGGUCGAUCCUCUGCGGCGUUUGAUUUGUGAGGGGGGGAGGGCCUGUGCUGUUUUAAUGAAUGCGCUUUCAUGUGAUCGGUCCUCCCGAAAAAAUAAGGCAACAACUGAAUAUUGUGGGGUUUUGUUCCACGUGUUUCACGACGGCUUUCUAAAAGGUCUAAUUUUGUGCUGAGACGGCGGGACUAUUUUUAGGAAGCAGGCAAAGAGUUGUGGAGUUAUUGGACGGGACAUUCAUUGACGCUGUCGGUCGCACCCCAUCUCUGUGGCUGGAAAGGUCCGUUCUCUCCGCUCACGUUCAAAACUAUAACUGACAUUAAUCCUCAUGCUGGCUGCCAUGACGACGGACGCGUCACUCACGCUGCGUAACGACGGCCCUCUGUCCCAGGGUGAGGGUCGCGCCACGGCAACCACAACCUCGAGAUUCUCACAGGGAAACCUCCACUACCUUCUUCUCAGCUGCCCUGUGUGAGGUCGUCUCCAGCUCACGUUUGGUCCGGGUCUAGAGCUUUCCUUUCGGGGGCUUGUCAGUGUCACAGGGACUUCGGGAUUCCUGCCAUUUUAACCUGCGUGUGACUUUUAUUCGCUCGAUCUCUCCAGGGUCGUCGAACAACGACUUACGGAGCAAAUCUGUCCAGUUUUAAUCGCAUAAUGAAGUGUUAAACAACGCCACUAGAAUUUUGAUUCAAACCACUGGUCCAUGUUUGGAGACGCAUAAGUAGUCGCACAAGCUGAUCAACACAAUGUUUGUUUGGGAUAAUUUCAUUUAUCACUUAUCAUCCAGCACUAAUGGAUUUCAGGGAAGUUGUUAGUAGUUUAUUUUGAGUAAACUAUAAUUGCUUGUAAAAUCGAUUAGCUGGCGAUUAGCUUUCCAUCAAAACAAAGUAUAGCACUUUCACUGUUAAGUUGUCAAUGUGCCUUGUGGUGGUAGUUUAGUUCUUUUUACUAAAGCCAUUUCAGUUUAAGUUCAAUUGAAGAAUCAGGGAAUAAAAUUAUUACAAGGCUCAAUACAAGAUAAGGCAUUGUUAUUUAUUCAGUUCUGGUCACUGCUGUUGUAUUUUACCUUUCUGUUCAAUGACUGUCCAAACUGACUGUCUAUUCCCCAUUUCCGAGGCCUGAUUAUGAUAAUGGGGGCUGACUGUUGUUUUUUCAGUAGUAUUAGAAGCUAAAGAGCUACAUUUCAUGCGGUGGAUAUGCCUAGUUUUCACAAGAGGAAGCAUAGAACUAAUUGACCAGAAAGCUGCGUGAACUCUUGUGGCCACUAGGUGUCAGUAUUGUACUAUAAAGGGCGUCAUAUUGCUAUGUAGAUACACUUUAUUUUUGCUCACAAUGCAUUCAUUUGUGAUGAAAUGUAAUUGGAGGCGUGGUUCCACAGUAAUCGAGGCUAAGCAAAUGUUAUUCUGAAACAGUCUGUUGAAUUGACGCGGGUACCUCAAGUACAUUUCAACCGAACAGCGUGAUUGUCUAACUAAAGCGUUGUGGUGCUUUUUUUGGAGAAUUAAUGCUUCUGCUACUGCAAGAUCUUAGGUUUAUUGUUUUUGAAUAGCCAGAACAACAGCCUCCGUAGCACAUUGUGUGCUAUUAAUGGCUGUGCGGUGUUGCAGUUUUUGGCAGCUGAUUCUUUAAGGUGAUUAGUUUUGCCGGUGAUUGUGAUUCACUCCGCUGUCAAUCACAAUGAAAACCUGCUCUGCUUUGAGGCGGGCCUCUCGGCCUUCGAGGAAAGCCCGCGGAAAGCCCGGACAAGCUGGACAGUCACCAGACGUGCGUUCAAGACCGCAAACGUUAGCUAACGUUUGCCGAUAUAUUCAAAGUUUUUUUUUUUUUUUUUUUUGUUCGAGACCAACGUUGGGCAACAGUUUUUCGCGCAGCGAAACAAAUACCUGUUUAUGGGGAAAACGGCGAGGGAACACAAGUUCAUAAUCAUUUGGCUGUUAUAAUGCACUUUCAUCAAUGUAAUAUGUGUUAUUACCUUUACAAAUAAACUACACGUAAGCAACAAAUCACCUAGCUGACAUUGUAAGACCAAAGUUGGAUCGUUUGUAUUGAAAAGGCGUUGGUGACAAACUGAAAUGAAAUGGAAUGUUUAAAAACGUAUAACAAGAACUGUUUGCGGCACAGAACGGGGAACGUUCGCGCUGUUGAACGCACGUCUGCAGUGUGAACGGAGCAGUACGCCGGUGUGUGUGAACGCGGACGUGAACGAGCACCAGUCAGAACGCGGGUUCAGCCCAACUUGAGCCUGACCAAAGCGGGUGCUGACGUCAGCUUACUCUUUAUUUGGAAUGGCUUGGUCUUUUCUGAGGGCUUUGAUCGUAUGGAUUUGUAUAGCCACUUCAGUAUGUAUGUAUAUAUAUACAAUGUAAAUAUGUGAUUCAUUUGCAUAUCCUGAAAAAUGUUUAUUUAAAAAAAAAUGAAAAAAGAGAACAUCCAGUGUUGUGUGAAUAAAACAUGAUUGUGUUCUCUUGACAAUCACUUGUAAUUAAAUGUCAAAUAUAUUUUAAAAAUUCCUUCA